AAUGUAAAAAUGCGUUUCAAACCGAAACACCGAAAUUUUUUGUCACCCCUUAGAGCAUACUUUAAGCAUCACCCCAAGUGCUCACCCCUCAGAGCAUAUUUUAAGCAUGACCCUAUACGAUUUGGUUUCCGUAAAGGAUCGCCAUCUGUCGGACUCUAGGUAGUUAAAUCCAACGCGACGCUUUAAUGCUUUAAAUGCCAUGCACCUGGCCUUUAACUUGCUGCUGGUGCCGCAAUGUUGAGUAGGCAGGAAUUUAAGUGUGUCUCUUUAAUAAAUGUUGUAGUUGUUUAUUAGUAGUCACAUUAGGCACAUUUGUGUCAAGUCUUUUUCAAAAUGUGCUUGUCACAUACAACGAGAUCAUAUUAUUGACGUUACUACUGUCAAAAUUGUGAUAAACAACUGGCGACCUGUACUUCAUAACCUAAAGUUCAUUGAUUUGUUAUUCUUGAAGUAACCUGCACUAUCUUGUCCCUUGAUUUAAAUAAUUUACAUUCAAAUACGAUAAAUACAUCUAAACAUACGUACGAUAUGGGACAGUUUGACGAUGUAACUUGGCCUCUGGAGUACAUGGAGCUUACGAGAAUUGAAGAGCUCUUACAUUGCCGAAUUUGUUACGAGUAUAUUCAAACAUCGGUGAUAACUCCUUGCUCCCACAAUUAUUGUUCGAUAUGUAUAAGGAAAUUUUUACAUCACAAACCUCAAUGCCCGAUAUGUUUCGAGAAUAUUUAUGAAAAAGAUUUAUACACAAACAGAAUACUCGAUGAGAUUAUUCAAUGCUAUUUAUCCAUCAGAGAUAAGCUUAUAUCGUGCAUAAAAGGGACGAAAGUACAUGAAACUGCAAAUCGUAAUAAAAAUUCAAAUAAUAUUGCCCAAAGCCCUCUCAAAAAGGGAAUUUCUCCAAGACUGAAGAAUAAAACUUCUCCAUCGAAGUUGAUAAGAGAAAAAUCCAGCGAGGAUCUCAAGUUCCAGGGCUCCAGUCCUAAGGAAUCUGUUGCGAAUGCACAGUUAUUUAAAACACCAAUUAAAAAUAGUUCUGGCCCCAGUACUAUCAAAACUACUCCAAAAUCCAGCUGUUCUCUUUUUACACCUAGAAGUACAGAAAAAGUUAAAAUUGAAGCUGAUAAGGAUAGAGUACCAUGUCCUGUAUGCGAUAUCAAACUUCUACCGUUUAAUAUAAAUAGACAUCUCGACGAUUGUCUGAAAAGACAGAACCCUACGUCUCCGCCAAAGGUAACAAAUAAUAAUCUGCCACCGAUUCCCAAGUACGUUUUAAAGCUCAUGAAAGAUGCGCAGCUGAGAAAAGUUUUGAAGGAGUGGGGUCUUGCCGCAAACGGGGGGCGUAAAGUUCUGGAAAAACGACUUCAGAAAUUUACCACAAUUUAUAGCGCAGAACGUGAUAAACUUGUACCGAGAUCUAUCGAAACACUGAUCAAGUUAUGCGAGGAAGAAGAACGCGCCGAAAAAAAUGCACAGAAGCUGGUCACUUCAGAUUAUAUGCAGAAUAUUAAUCGAAAUGCCGAUCCGAAUAUCAUAGAAAAAGCACAAAAAGAUUAUCGGGAAAAAAACCGGGACGAGUUUCAAAAACUGAUCCAAUCCGUGAACAGUCGUAAAAAAUCGAGUACCACGAAUACUUCUACUCAAUCCUCCGAUGUGAGAAUAGAAGAUGCCGAUGAUCCUGGUACAUCUUCGGUAGCUCAAUUUUCGAAUUGUAGCUUUUCUAGUCAAAACGACGACCAGGAAGGCCCCAGUUCUUCCUUCAAUAAUUUGAGUCCUUACUGUAUGCAAGAUUCCGAUUCGGCGAACUCGACUUGUCCACUUCAGUACUAUUCCGAUAACCACGCCAUAAAAUUUCUGUCGUUGGAAGUUUCAUCGUCGGAUAAUCAGCAAUCUCCGAUUAAAUCAGUUAAGGAAGAAAGCAAAGACGGCGUCGAAAUGACCGUUGUGAAAAAUUCCGAGGUUUUGGAAGGCUCGGAAAAAUCGUUGGAAAAACUAAUUCCGUCCGAUCCAUCGACCAGUAGCACCUCGUUUUUCAAUAACAGUGGAAACUCUUUGAGAGUCAGGCAAAUCGCGGAAUUGAUGGAAUCAAAAAGCGAUAUUUUCGAUCUCAGUACGGAAGACAAUUGGAGCGAUUCUAACAGCAAUAUGUCGAUCGCUAAUAAGCCUAAAAAAUUGGUCAUGAAACGAUCGAAACAUCCAAAAGGUAUCUUAUCUUCGGAUUCUGAUGCCGAAACUGACGUAGAACCAAGUUUUAAGUUUUCCGGUAGGAAAUCAAAAAAAAUUCCCAAACAUCGAGACAGAGAUUCGUCUGAAGAUUCGGAUAACGGGACAACCCGAGAACUGAUUUUAAAUUGUAACGAAGCUUCGAAUCAGGAUAUCGAAGCUUCGAAUCAGGAUAAAGAAAAUACGGAGGAGCAAAUACCUGAGCCGGUUCUCGACAAACCGCAAACGCGCAGGUCGGCUAGAAAACGAAAGUCAGUUUCGUAUUCUAGUAGCCGAAAUAGCAAAGCAAAAAAAAUACUUCGCGAAGAGAUGGCUAACACGAUCGAAAGCGGCGUAGAGGCGGAACCGAUCGCAGAUGCGAUUCAAGAAGAAAAGAGAACCGAGAGUAACGAUAAGCCAAAAAGAAAACUACGGGAACGACGUAACUGAUUUUGAUUCUGAAAUAAUAAUCUUUUUUUCUCAAAUAACACGAAGAAGGAUGAAGAACGAAUAAAAUUAUUUUUAUUAA